AUAACAAUCCUCUACAACAAAAAGCAGAGAUCUUAAAUAUAAUUAAAGUAAUGGAUUCCAGUUAUAUUUCACGAGAUGCAUAUAGGAACUUAGCUGCAAUAAAUUUUCAUUUACUACAUGAAUAUAUUGUUGUAAAUGAACAAAUGAAGUUAACCCAAGAGAUGACUAAUAAGAUUCAAAUUAAUCUUAUAAAUAUGAAUAAGGCAAUAAACAAUAUUAAUUCAGAAGAAGAAGAAUCUGAUACCGAUACUGAUAUCGAUACUAAUGAAAUCAAUAGAUCUGAAUUUAUAGAUGGACAAU